AUGGCAGUCGACCGCGCCGACAAGGAGAAUCUGCCGCCUGCCACCGCCGCCGCCGCCCGUCCUCAUGGCGUAGUAGCCGUCAGGAGCUGCAAGCUGAAGCGGCUCGGGAGGGCGCGGAGGCGGGUGCCGCUCAGGGACAUCACCAACCUCUUCGUUGCCAAGUCGGCGGUCGCCCAGUGGCAGCAGGCCCUGCUCCGGCAGCCGCGCGAGGAGUCGGCAGCGGCGCCGGCGGAGCUGGCCGUGAAGAACGGGCCUGCCGGCGGUGCGGCACUGAAGCCUGGCAGAUACUUUCUCCGGAAGGAGUUUAGAUAG